UCCGGUGCUGAAACACAACCGAAGCGCAUUGAGGCAACACGGAGGACAUGCUGUUCACGCUCAUUCACAUUCUCUGAGCUCUACACAAAAGGCGGUAUGAUGUUGUCACUACCGAAACUGUCCGCCAGAGGGGUGGCAGUCCUGCUCGUUACCCUUCUCCAAACACUAACCGUGCAGGGUGCCUCCGUGCGCCACCAUCGUCUGCGAGGCGGAGACCAGGGUGGCUUCCUUGCUCCCAGCUCCGAUAUGAUCAAAGCUCUGGAGUACAUCGAAAGCUUGAAGCAGAGAGCCGAUGGACCAGAGAGUCCAACAGGGGACUACGACGAGGUGGACAAAUUCCGCUUUCUAGUGCAGCUCGCCUCCCUACAGGACGAGAACACACCCACACGUGAGGACGCCACCCGUUGGCCUGAUAACAAGGUGCCACAGUGGGUUCGAUCUCUGCUGCAGGUGCUUGAACAAGCUGGAGAGACUCCGGAAAGCCAACCAGCGCCCGGAAACGAGCGGCGUCCUCACAAGAGCAGACGCCCGGGGGCAGACGCAGAGAGCCCUGUUGGAGACUACGGGGGCUUCGUGAAGCCGCACAAGAAGUAUCCGCUGAUGUUUGAGGACGAGGAGAACGGCAGAGACAGCAAGCGUGCGACUGAGGAUUUGGACGAGCAGUACACCCCUCAGAGCCUCGCCAACAUGCGCUCUAUAUUCGAAGAGCUUGGUAAACUGUCUGCCGUGCAGAACCAGAAGCGAGAGAACCAGGAUGAUGAAGACGACGAUGACCUCUACAAGGUUAGAAACUUGGCAUACGAGGAUGUGACCGGAGGGGAGGAAUGGGUGCCACUAGAGGAGCAGCUCGAGACGGAGGAAGUAGUUAAAGGAAGCCGUGAAGAAUACGAACGAGGGCUAGGAGAUAACGGAGAGCAGGGUGAGGCCAUUGAAAGACGAGCUAGCCCUACUGAAGACGAUGACGAGAACCCAGACGAUGACACAAAACUCGUGGAUUACUACCUGUUCAAGGUCUUGGAGAUGACAAACCAGGCACAAAAACGGGACCUGAUGGAAGGGAGGAGGAGGCUACUGUCCCAACCCUCUCUAAUCGAUCCUAGGGCUAUCAAACAACUGCUGUCGGCUAUUUCAAUGAAGCUCCAGGUGCCUCCAGAGGACCUGGUUGGAAUGCUCUUCAUGGAGGAAACCAGAAAACAACAACACCUUCCUGAGACCCAGCUGGCUAGGAAGCCCAGCCAACCGAGGUUCAAGAGCCGGGUCAUCAAGUAUUACAACGGUCGACAGCCUGAAGUCACAGUGAGCAAUAUCCCUCCUGAUGUCAAAACGGAGGAUAUCAUGAAAGUCCUUGGGUUAGGGAAUCUGGCCAACAAAAACACACAAUUUUCUUUGCUAAAGCAAAGGCCCUACAAAACAGCCAUGGCAAAGUACUUCAACCCCAGUGGAAGACGGGGAAGCUUGUUCCUGUCCGAGAUAAACAAAGCUCCAAGCAAAAGAAAAGAUGAUUACGAUGAUGAUGCAGUGGAUGAGGAUGAAGAGUCGACCUUCCUCGCUGCCAAACUCCUGACUGAGUACCCCGACACCAGCUCGAGCGAUCGCAAGAGAGCCAUCGAUUCUGCCACGAACGGACAGUUGCCUUAUGAUUUGUAUGAGGAGGCCAUGAAAGAUUUCUUUGAUCAGGUUGAUAAUGGAAAAAGCACACCCACCAAAAGAGACACCCAAGGGAAAGAGGAACCAGAGGCGCCCCAAAAGCCACCCACUCAAGAUUCAGCACAGGAGACCGUAGAUCAAACCCCACCUGUGCCUGGAACAGAAGAGGGUAAAGAGUAUCACGGGAAAAUGGUUGCAGGAAUGUGAAGAGCCUAAGCAUGUUUUUUUUCCCUGCUCCUAUUCUGACAAGUCCCACCCCUUGACCUUUUAUUUCUUUGAUAUAGUUGCUAUGGCUACAUGAACGACUUCUGAACUGUCCAAAUUGCAAACCGGUUGUAAGGAGCUCCUACUAGCCAAUUCUGUCAUAGAAGGGACUUGUCGGAGUAUGAAAGGGGGCAAAAAAAUAUUACUUACUCGUGGGACAUGCCUAUAUCUCCU